UGUGUGGAGAGUCUACUCCACCUUACAGAUUGUAUUGGGGUUCACGCAUGGAGGAAGAGUGCGGGACUGCAGUUUUUAAGUUUGGGAAGCAUCGAAGAGGCACGAUUGCAGCUGGGAAUAGGCUGUGUAAGGGGGUUACAGGCGUUGAACCUGGAUUCUGGAGGCGAAAGCGCGUUACUCUGAAAGUGUCCCGUUUGGGGACCCGCGUGGAUUCAGAGGUCUGCAUCCCCCUCCCCCAGCUCCAGCCUGGCUGCCCAGGAAGUAGGUUUAUCCCCUCCGCAGCAGGCCGCACUUCUCCCAGCAAGAGUUGGGAGACGAGCCACUCGACCUGCCCCUCCCCGGUCUGCGCUGGCUGCAGCCAGCCGGAGCUAGGAACCCUGGGGCCUCUCCUGAGGAAGCCGAGGCAAGCUGGGCGGAGUUGGGAAAAGACCUUAGCGAGGCCCUCUGGCCCUCGGAGUUAAUUAAAGGCUUCCGGAUGUGUUCUGGAGAGAUUUUUUGCUCAGGGGAUGCUCUUCAUUUGUGGACCUUCUCUGGGGAGUGCCUAGCGUUCCAUUACUCUCCUGCGUCACUUCUGGCCCAGGUGGCCCAGGAUUAUGAACCAGUUCGCUGAGAUCGGGAGCAUUGAAUUUAUAUACUAUAUCAACAUGAUUCUACAAGCAAAAACAGUCUACCUGUCAGAGCUGGGCAGGUAGGAGCCAAGAGAGUGGCUACAAUGACUUCAGCAGUUCUGGUGGACAUCCGAGAUGAAGUCACCUGCCCUAUCUGCUUGGAGCUCCUGACAGAACCGCUGAGCAUAGACUGUGGUCACAGCUUCUGCCAGGACUGCAUCACAGGAAGCGGUGACAAGUCAUUGCCCAACCAAGAAGGGAAGAGCAGCUGUCCUGUGUGCAGGACGGCCUACCAGCCUGGGAACCUCCGGCCUAAUCGACACCUGGCCAUCAUAGUGAAGAGGCUCAGAGAGGUCGUGUUGGGCCCAGGAAAGCAGCUAGAGGUCAUUCUUUGUGCACUUCAUGGAGAGAAACUCCAGCUUUUCUGCAAGGAGGAUGGGAAGUUAAUUUGUUGGCUUUGUGAGCGAUCUCAGGAACACCAUGGUCAUCACACAUUCCUCAUGGAGGAGGUGGCCAAGGACUACCAGGAGAUGUUCCAGGAGUCUCUGAAGAAGUUGAGAAAGGAGCAGCAGGAAGCUGAGAAGCUAAAAGCUCUUAUCCGAGAGAAGAGGGAAUCCUGGAAGAAUCAGGUAGAGCCUGAGAGACACCGGAUCCAGACCGAGUUUAAGCAGCUAAGGAGCAUCCUGGACCGGGAGGAGCAGAGGGAACUGAAGAAACUGGAAGCAGAAGAGAAGAAGGGGCUGAGCAUCAUAGAGAAGGCAGAGGGGGACCUGAUCCACCAGAGCCAGUCACUGAAAGAUCUCAUCUCAGACCUGGAGCACCGGUGCCAGGGGUCCACGGUGGAGCUGCUGCAGGAUGUGAGCGAUGUCACAAAAAGGAGUGAGUUCUGGACCCUGAGGAAGCCUCAAGCUCUCCCCACCAAGCUGAAAAGUUUGUUUCGAGCCCCGGAUCUGAAAAAGAUGCUGCGAGUCUUUCGAGAGUUGACAGACGUCCAGAGCUACUGGGUGGACGUGACUCUGAAUCCACAGACGGCGAAUUUAAAUCUCGUCCUGUCUAAAAACCGGAGGCAGGUGAGGUUCGUGGGUGCCAAGCUGUCUGAGCCUUCCUGUCUGGAAGACCAUCAUGACUGUAGUGUCCUGGGCUCUCAGCACUUCUCCUCAGGAAAAUACUACUGGGAGGUGGACGUGACCAAGAAGACGGCGUGGAUCCUGGGUGUGUGCAGCAACCCAGUGGAACCCAUGUUCUCUUUCAGCCAGUAUCCCAGCAAGCAGAGUGCCUACUCCAGGUACCAGCCCCAGAGCGGGUACUGGGUGAUUGGGCUGCAACACAAGCAUGAGUACAGAGCCUAUGAGGACUCCUCCACCUCCCUGCUCCUCUCCAUGACAGUGCCACCUCGCCGCAUAGGGGUUUUCUUAGACUAUGAGGCUGGCACCGUGUCCUUUUAUAAUGUCACAAACCAUGGCUUGCCCAUCUACACCUUCUCUAAGUAUUACUUUCCUACUGCCCUUUGUCCAUAUUUCAAUCCCUGCAGCUGUGUCGUCCCCAUGACUCUGCGUCGCCCAAGCCCUUGAGAGGUCUAGCACCCCUGCCACAACAAAUGAGUGGAUUCCUGCAAAUAAGAGAUUCCUCUCUGAGCUUCCGUUUUCCGUGUUCUUGUAGGAUAACCUCCCACUGCUGCUAGUGAAGACUUGACAGAUCUCAUGGGAACGUUUUUAACAUUUCUCUGUUAAGCGUUGUCCUUUUUGUCUUGGUUUGGUUUUUCCAGACAGGGUUUCUCCGUGUAGCCCUGGCUUUCCUGGAAUUCAUUCAGUUAGAGCAGGCUGGCCUCCAACUCACAGAGAUCUGCCUGCUUCUGCCAAUGAGUGAUGGAAUUAAAGGCGUGCGCCACCAAGGCCCAGCAAAUGUCUCUUGAUUUGUUGGAAUUUUGUUUGUUUUGAAGUGGAUUGUAGCCCAGGCUGCCCUGGAACUCUGUGUAAUUGAGAAUGACCCUGAACUAAUAGUCCGGCUUCUGCUAUGGUUUUGCUUUAGUGAUAUUCAACAUAUGGUAUCCAUAAAUAGCCCAGGCUGGCCACAGACAAUUAGUGCUUCUGCCUCAGCUCCCAAGCACUGAUUAUUGGUCUAUCUCACAACAUCUGGCUAAGCAUAGUAUUUGAUGAGUUUAUUUUUUUAACUGAUGUCUGGUUGAAUGUAAGAAUUUCUCUAUAAAUUAGGAGUUUUUAUACUAAAUAAUGAGUUCAAUAGAUUUUUUUCUAUGAUCAUUGAGAUAAUCGUAUGUCCCUUUUAUUCUGCUCCUGGGCCAGCUACAUUAAGUUGUCUCAACUGUUGAGUCCACCAAUGAUUCCGAAGUAAACAGUUAUUAUAGGAAAUAUUCAAUACUUUAUUUUUGCUUAGGUUUGUUUUUUACCUAUCUUUACAAACAAAAUUGCCUCUAAUUUUCCAUUUUUGUAGUAUCUUGUCAGGUUAUACAAAAUGUAAUAAUGGGCAAGGUGAUUAUAUAUGUAUAUAUAGGAUUUGAGUGCUUAAUCCAAACUAUCCAUUGAUAGAUAAUAAGAAAAUUGAACUGACCAUUGAUUAAAAAAUAAUAAAAAUUCACUCACCACUUUUUUUUAUGGCUUCAAGAAGAGAUUGUAGCUUUGGUUUUCAUGAUAAAUAAAUGCUACCACAACCUUCAA